GAACUCUGCCUCUUCUUUUCCCCAAGAUCCCGUUUUCGCCCCUUCUUACAAGAGAUCACUGAUUCCAAGGCCUUCCAAAAUGACCAUCCACCGUGUUACCCUAUUCAUCAUCCCCAAAGAGGAGGAUAUCGACUUUCUCCUCACCCAGUAUCGAACCUUGCGCCAAGAAGCUCUACGAAAUGGCGCACCUUACAUUGAGUCUGUCAUCGCCGGCCGAGCUCUGCCAGAUGAGAGGUCCCGAGGCUAUACUCUAGUCGCUAAGACCACCUUUCGCAACUUGGAUGACAUGAACUUCUACGACAAGGAAUGUGCCGCCCAUAAGCGCUUUAAGGAACUGGCUGGCCCGAGGAGGACUGGCGAUAUUCUGACGGUGUAUUAUGAAGACGCUGUUUCUGCGUAAUGUUCUGAUGCUGCAGAUGAAAUCGCUUGCGAAAUUCCACAUUGGAGUCGGACACGGAUCAAAGAUAGCAAACAACCUAGCCACAGUUAUCGCGUUCAAGCAGUCUCUCGCAGUUCAAAAAUAAUCUCACAAAAGCCUCCCUUAGUAUUGUAAUCACU